GGCGUUUGCUGCGGACCGGGCUGGCAGUUCCUUCUUCGGAGGGAAAGAUUCCUCUGCCAUGGAGUCCUACGAUGUGAUCGCCAACCAGCCUGUUGUGAUCGACAACGGAUCCGGUGUGAUUAAAGCUGGUUUUGCUGGUGAUCAGAUCCCCAAAUACUGCUUUCCAAACUAUGUGGGCAGACCCAAACAUGUUCGUGUCAUGGCAGGAGCCCUCGAAGGCGACAUCUUCAUUGGCCCCAAAGCUGAGGAGCACCGAGGGCUGCUGUCAAUCCGCUACCCCAUGGAACAUGGCAUCGUCAAGGACUGGAAUGACAUGGAACGCAUCUGGCAAUAUGUCUAUUCUAAGGACCAGCUGCAAACUUUCUCAGAGGAGCACCCUGUGCUCCUGACUGAGGCACCUUUAAACCCUCGGAAAAACCGAGAGCGAGCUGCAGAAGUUUUCUUCGAGACCUUCAAUGUACCAGCUCUCUUCAUCUCCAUGCAAGCUGUGCUUAGCCUUUAUGCCACAGGCAGAACCACAGGCGUGGUGUUGGAUUCUGGGGACGGUGUCACCCAUGCGGUCCCAAUUUAUGAAGGCUUCGCCAUGCCUCACUCCAUCAUGCGCAUCGACAUUGCUGGCCGAGAUGUCUCUCGCUUCCUCCGCCUCUACCUACGGAAGGAGGGCUAUGAUUUCCACUCCUCCUCCGAGUUUGAGAUUGUCAAGGCCAUAAAGGAAAGAGCUUGCUACCUGUCCAUAAACCCCCAGAAGGAUGAGACACUGGAGACGGAGAAGGCUCAGUACUACCUGCCCGACGGCAGCACCAUUGAGAUCGGCCCUUCCAGGUUCCGGGCCCCUGAGCUGCUGUUCAGGCCAGACUUGAUUGGUGAGGAGAGUGAAGGAAUCCAUGAGGUGCUGGUGUUUGCUAUCCAGAAAUCAGACAUGGAUUUACGGCGUACACUUUUUUCUAACAUUGUCCUCUCAGGAGGUUCUACCCUGUUCAAAGGUUUUGGAGACAGGCUACUGAGCGAAGUGAAGAAACUAGCUCCGAAGGACGUGAAGAUCAGGAUAUCUGCACCCCAGGAGAGACUGUACUCCACAUGGAUUGGAGGCUCUAUCCUUGCUUCCCUGGACACCUUUAAGAAGAUGUGGGUCUCUAAGAAGGAAUACGAAGAAGAUGGUGCCCGAUCCAUCCACAGGAAAACCUUCUAAUGUUGCAACAUCGCCAUCUCUCUCUGAAGUUAACUCCACUUUCAAACUCGCUUUCUUGAGUUGGAGUGUUUGAGAGGAACUGCCUGUGUGUGUGAGUGAGUGUGUGGGUAUGGUAUGAGUGUGUGCGACUAUCGAGUGCCGUGUGGCCCAGAAAUCCUGGGCCCAGAAAGGACAUUGAACUACCCACGAUGGUGAUGGCCUGAGGCCUGGGGUUGUCUACUAACUGGCCCCUUACAGGAAGAGCUCUGGCAGAGGCCCAUUCCUUUCUCAGCCAAGCCUUUGGCUGGUUGGAACUAUGGUUACUACAUAGAGAGACCUUGCUGCUGCCAAUCUAGGCUGGGCUGGCCCCACCGCACCCCACUGGAGUGCCCUGAGGCCGGAGACAGCUGCUGUCUCCCCUGCUCGUCAUUCUGUGCUGUCCAUGCCUCUGGAUCAGACUGAGAACGGGGGCUGGAGUUAAGUUCUGUCUGGUUUGUUUCAGUUUGGGUUUGGGAACUGAAAAAGCACUCUAGCUGUUGUUAGAGACCAGGUUCAGGAGAGAGCAGGGUACACUCAUGUCCAGCUGGGAACCAGGUAGGAAUUAGGACCACACUGGGCAUUUGAGGACAGGAGAUAGCUUCAGGGUUAAUUGACAAGCCCCAGCCACAUGCAGGGCUCCUGGGAAACUGUAAGGACUGUGGGCUCCAGGUCCUGCUGUUUGCUUCUCAUACAUCCUGGUUUCAAUACCAUCGCCACGGUUUUAUUUAUUGACGUGUUUGUUCAGUAAAGGGACUACAGAGAGAGGGCUCACUGUCUCCUGCCCACUGGUCACCUUGCUUACACUAAUGUUUACAGCACCUAGGCUUUCCACAGUAUCGGGGCUCUGUCAUUCCCUGCUGAUGGUGAACUGACAGUAUUCAUGGGCCUGCAGGAUUGGAGGCCGCACACGAAGGUUCCCCAGCCAGCCUCUUUCUCCUAACCCCACUUCCUCACUGCCCUGGAACCAACAGGCUGCUUGUGGUUGGAUUUUCUAAGACAAGACAGGAAGUAGCAUCACUCCUUGGCAGUGGCCCCUUGCGAGGGAGGUGCGUUGGAGAUCUAGACCCUUUAAAACAAAGCAAGCUGCAGUUAACCAUGUUGCCUUUUGCCACUCUUAAUUGACCAGGGGACUAAGUCAAAGUGGCAGGGAGGCCCCUUCUAGGUUAGUCAGAUUGGAGAGAAGGGGCCAGACCAAAGUGCCAAGAUCUGAUGGGCGCCAGCCUUGUUCUUGGAAGCAGUCCAAGGGCCUUUGUACCCAGUACAAAGCUAGGGUGAGCCUGUCCUCACCAGUGGUACCAAGUCUCACCUCAGUUCCAGAUUCCAGACAGUAUCUCUCCACCAUCCUAUGACCAAAGGCCCCUGCCAGAUGUAAAGCUGGUGUGUGUGGAAUCAGUGUGGCAACAUGAACUGCAGCGCGCUUAACCAGCUCACCUCUCAGCCCAAGCCUGUCCCUGCACAGCCUCGCAAAGCCACGUUGCCUGGUGGGGCCCAGUGUACUUAAAUAAAGUCGUUCCGGUAGAUACAUCA